CUUCUCUUCUUUUUUUCUUCAGGUGAGGAAAACUUAAUCCUGUUAGCUGGCCGACAUGAAUUUCCAUUCAGCUUUCAACUCCCACAAGAACCUUUGGUGACCUCUUUUACUGGGAAGUAUGGCAGCAUUCAGUACUGUGUAAAAGCAGUUCUGGAAAGGCCUGUAGCACCUGAUCAGAGUGUCGAGAGAGAACUUCAGGUCAUCAGCCAUAUUGAUGUCAGCUCACCAGCUUUAUUGAUGCCUGUUUUGAGAAGCCGGGAGAAGAUGGUUGGGUGCUGGCUUUUCACUUCUGGCCCAGUGUCUCUGAGUGCCAAAAUUGAGAGGAAGGGAUACUGUAAUGGAGAAGCAAUACCAAUCUAUGCAGAAAUUGAAAACUGUUCCUCUCGUCUGGUUGUUCCAAAAGCUGCCAUUUUUCAAACACAGACUUAUUUGGCCAGUGGAAAGACAAAGACUUUCCGUCAGAUGGUUGCCAAUGUGCGAGGAAACCAUAUCGCCUCUGGGAGCACAGAUACCUGGAAUGGGAAAACUUUGAAAAUCCCUCCUGUAACCCCUUCCAUACUUGAUUGCUGUAUCAUCAGAGUAGAGUAUACUUUAGCUGUAUAUAUCCAUAUUCCUGGUGCUAAGAAACUGAUGAUUGAAAUGCCCUUGGUGAUUGGCACAAUUCCCUGCACUGGGUUUUCAAGCAGGAACUCCAGCGUUACCAGCCAGUUCAGUAUGGACAUGAGUUGGCUGGCGCUGACCAUGCCAGAACGCCCUGAAGCACCACCAAAUUAUGCUGACGUAGUGUCGGAGGAAGAAUGCUCUAGACAUGUUCCAGCUUAUCCACAACCAAUAGACUGUGAGGAGCAACUAUCCUGUCCCAUGUUCGCUUAUAUACAGGAGUUUCGGUUUCAGCCUCCGCCUCUCUAUUCAGAGAUUGAUCCACAUCCUACUGAUGUAGAAGAAAUCCAGCCUGUUUCUUUCACGCUCUAAAGAGAAUUUGAAAUAAGCUUUAUUGUGAUGGAAUAGAAGGUUUUAUCUUUCUGCUGCUUCAGCUGAUAGUCAAGCUAAAAAGAAACUGUUCACUGAAACUACAUUUUUGAAUAAGGAAGAAUGGAAGUGCGAAGGCAGGAGUUGGAAGUUGAGCAUGCUAAGCGGCUGGAAACGAUUGGUCUGUGUCUGCCUACAUAGAGGACGUUGUGCACCUCAUUGUGACAAAGUGUGAGCAGCCAGUUCGGGAUGUCAGAGAAGUACCCAAGAAGAAAGAAAAGUGUUUGUUUUUUUUUUCCUUUUUCUUUUUUUCUUUAAUGGAAACGUUAUACAGUGACAGGGAAGCGUUUUAAAGUUUCAAAGAGGAACUAAUGUGUACUUUAACUUAAAGACUGCUUUGGAAGAAUUUGGAUGAACGUACCAUUAUGUCAAGAGUUUGAAAGGCAGGAGUUUUGCGUGGUCCGCAACUGAGAAAGGAACACUAACUGAAAUAUGGAGCCUAACGCCAGCUUAAAACAAACUUUUUUUUUUUCCAUGAAACUAUACUCUUCUAAGAUCAGUCAUGUGGUACUAUAUCAUAAUUCAGACUGAAUUUAAAUGUGUCAUGGAUAGUUAAAAUAUGGUUAUUUAUGCAAUAUUAUGAAGACAAGCAUGUAUUAUAUGAAAGACUAGAACUAUGUAAAAGAGAAAGUUGGACUUUGAUAAUGGCUUAUGCACUAUGCUUUCUUGAAGGGACUCUUAAGAAAUUAUUCUAGCCUCUUCUGUUACUGUGCUAGUUCUGUAUGGAUAGCAUGAUAAAGGGAAACAUGGCAAAGGGAAAUCCCUUUUUGCCAACAGCAGAUCUGUUUAGCAAAAUGGACUAUAUUUAUUUAUUCAAAUGCCUUUUGAAGCUACCUCUCUUAGAUAGCCAGUUAGGGUCAGAUCUGAGACCAAAAAUGUCUUGUAAAACUCUAAAAGGGUCCCUAAUUGAUUUCUAAAGUGAAGAAAUAAAAAAGGCUGGGAGUAUAGGAAAGAAUGUAAUAUACUUGGAGUAGACUUAGCUUGUAUGUGAAGACAAAGGAGAAAUCAGGGGAGCAAGAUUCCUCUAACGGCACAAAUCUUUAACUCCUGCCGUUUUGUUCAAAGACAUCGCCUGUCGUCGAGGCUGCACUGUUCAUUGCUAUCCAUACUCUUUUUAGUGUUUUUGCUGUCUCUAAUUUUGUUUUUGUGCAAUAUUUUACUGUUUUCUUCCUCAGGUCAUUUAGAACAGUGAGAUUUUUUGUUGCUGCUAAGGAUGGAGGCACAGUGCUACUCUGCACUGCCUUCA